AUGAUACAGAAAAAUUCCUACGGUUUUAACACGUUCGCUGCCACAAGAAUUGGAGAAAUACAAGAAGGAACAAGCCAAACAGAUUGGUACUGGAUAGAGAGCGAACACAACAUCGCUGAUUGUCUCACGAGAGGGAAGAAGCCUAGCGAUAUCGGGCUCGAAAGCGCAUGGCAGAAAGGACCCGAAUUCCUACGACAACCAGAAGAUGAUUGGCCAAUAACUCGCAAUUAUUUAGAAUCACAACUACCAGAACGAGUCAAGACGGCACUGGCUAUAAAAAUCGAAGGAUUUCAGGAUACCCUUGCAGGAAGGAUUCAUAUCACCAAGUACUCAAAUUAUAACAAGCUCUUAAGGGUGACGGCAAGAGUUCUGAAACUCUAUGACAGAAACCCCAAAACAUCUCUGAAAAACGCAACACGUGAUCUCGCACCACAUGAUUUGGAAAGGGCUGAAUUAUUUUGGAUACGUGAAGCUCAACAAGACAUGGGUAAGGAUAUCGAGAACGGGAAUUACAAAAGAUUAUGUCCUAAGAUGCGAGAAGAUGGUAUAUAUGUGAUUAGAGGACGAAGCGAGUUAUGGAUGGAGAUGAGCUACAACAAGAGAGAAGUAAUACUCCUUCCAUACGAUCACCCAUUCUCACGUUUAUUUACAGAGCAAAUACACAGAAAAGGGCAUCAUGGGAUAUUAACUACAGCCAGCAAAGUGCGUACCAGGUACUGGAUCCCGAAACUGUUGAAACUUGUGCAAUCAAUCAAGUCCAAAUGCGUCGUUUGUAGAAAACUUGAUAAAAAAGUCAGUGAACAAGUAAUGGGCAACCUUCCAACUGAAAGGCUGAAACCAGCCCCUCCAUGGAGCAGUACAGGCAUCGAUUUGUUUGGACCUUACAAGAUUCGCGAUGAAGUAAAGAAAAGAACAACAUCUAAGGCGUAUGGAGUGAUAUUCAACUGUCUAGGGACAAGAGCAGUUUACUUGGAUAUAGCAGCAGACUAUAGUACAGACAAAUUCCUAAUGGUCUUCAGACGAUUCGUGUCACUACAUGGUUACCCAUCUAAGCUAUUCUCAGAUAACGGUACCCAACUCGUCGCAGCAAAUAAAGAGCUUUCUAAUAUGACCAAGACUUGGGAUUGGAACAAACUAAAAGGUUUUGGCAUAACUGAGGGAUUUGAGUGGAUCUUUACAUCCGCAGACGCACCCUGGCAGAACGGAGUCACAGAAGCUCUCAUAAGAUCUGUAAAACGAGCUAUUAACGCUUCUAUUGGCGAUAGUACCUUAACAUUCUCAGAGUUACAAACAGUACUUUACGAGGUCGCCAACUUGCUGAAUGAAAGACCAAUAGGAAGGCACCCUGCGUCACCUGAUGACGGUGCAUAUCUUUGCCCAAACGAUCUUUUGCUUGGUAGAGCAACGGCACGAAUACCAAGUGGCAUGAUCUUUGACGAGCGAGCGAAACCCAGUGGUGCACCACAAGCUGUUACAGUUAAUGUGACAUCUUCUAGAGGUAUCUCUGUCUCAUGGGAUCCUGUCGUUGCUGAUGAUCAAAAUGGAAUUAUCAAAGGAUACAUCGUGAAUUAUCAAGCCUUACCAAAUGGUUACAUCGUCGCUAGGAUCCUCAAUAUUACUAAAGAGCAACAGAAUAAAAGACAAACAGUGACUUUAGAUAAUCUGAAUGAGUUUACAAACUACAGCAUUGAGGUGUUAGCAUUUACAGUGUUUGGAAAUGGACCAGCAAGUGCUGGCCAGGUUGUGGAGACACUGGAAGACAAACCAAGUCGCGGAGCAGAAAAUGUUUCAUCUAGUGAAGUAAACUAUACGACAAACAAAAUCACUUGGGCAGAACUUCCUAAAGAGGCGGCAAAUGGCGUUAUUAAACUUUAUGAAGUCCGUCUCGAGUUAAAGGAGAGCUGUUUGAAGGUUGACUUUACCUUUCAUGCGAUGAACACAACCAAAUCAAGUGUAUUACUGACUGGCUUCUGGAUGUGCGCAAAGUAUGAAGUGUCCGUUAGAGGUUACACUGUGGCAGGGCCUGGACCCUAUAGCAAAGCUAUAGUCGCUCAAACAAAAAGUUUGAAAUUAUCCCAAACGUGGUCAAAAGAAACACCAUCUCCACCUUCCUUCUCUCAGAUUCCAAGUGGAGAAGGCAUAACAGCAAACAUAACAUUACCACGCUUUCCAGGGAAUGCAAAGUUCUUUCAAGUCAUUGUUAUAAGAUACAGCUUGGACUAUACUGGUGUGGUUAACUCACCUGAGAGUUUUACACCGAAGGAUUUAAUGACGUAUGAAGAGGCCCACAAAUCUCCGGUUCCUGCAGCGUAUAUCACUUUUCAGUUUAGAUGGCAGGACUUUGAUGUGUUCCGAAAAUUUGUUGUUGGAGAUGGAGGACAUUCAAGCAGUAAACCAAGAAAUAGGAGAGGCAGUGAUGGGGAGGUCUUUCUUAACAAACCACUCCAGCCAAAUACCAAUUACAGAGUGUUUCUCAGAGCUUUUAUAGAGAAGAUGGUGUACUUUUCUAGUAACUUCGUAACGAUUGAAACCAAAGGUAAACCCGCCGUCAAAGACCUACCGGAAAGAACCAUUUUUCAAGUUGGCGAUGUGGUAGUAUUAACAUGUGAGGCUACUGGAGAUCCUAAGCCUUCUGUUACAUGGAGUAAAGAUGGAAAUACCAGUAUACCACGGGCUCAGUUCAGAAACGAUGACCACAUUCUUGUCAUUCAAGAGGUCGCACCUAGUGACGGAGGCAUUUAUGAAUGCAGAGCAUCAAACAUUUUUGGCCAACGCCGAACAGCUACAGCAGUGAUCAUUGCUGUGCCACCCAGCAUCAUGAAAGACGUUUCCCCUAGAUCAGUUCUAUGUGCAAAGGAAACUUCAUGUUCUUUGCUAUGCCACGCGACUAGUGACAUUCUAUUUAACUACUCUUGGGCAAGGAAUGGCCAGGCUUUAGCUGGCCAUAACAUCAAGGUCAUGAACAACAGUGUUAUUAUCACUCCUCUUGAUGAUCAAGACUUUGGAGAUUAUGUCUGUCACGCCACAAACUCAUUUGGAUCUACAUCUUACAAAAUAACUUUGUCAGAAAGCAGAAAGGAAGAAAAUAAUGUACAGAGCAUCUUUCGGGCCAGUGACAUUGCGUGGUCAUGCAUUGUUUUUGUGUUGCUUUUUUUCAUUGGUGUAUUGAUAUGGAGGCUUAAAAGAGCUCAGGCGAGCAACAGACCAGCGACUGCUAAGGAAUCUACCGGUAGAGAUACUGUCCAGUCUGUCUUUCCGCUUGAGCAGCAUGCGUCAGAACCAGGGUCAUAUAUGGAGCUACGCCCCAGGCCUUCGCAAGGACAAACACGAGUCCCCCCUGAAUACCAAUCCUUACAAGGUAGCCACGUGAACGCUGGGUAUUACAACGUGGUUCCCGAGGAAGGAAACAAGAGGGGAUCAAAUGAAGAAAUAUAUGAGGAAAUAGAACUUUCUGAUUGUUGAUUUCUAGUUUUUUAAGGGAGUUCAUUGUUACACAAUCGCAUAUAGAUAUAAAUAAUAACAACAACGCUGUAGCUUACUCGCCAACUACGCGUGAG